GCGGCGACGGUGCCGAGGGUGGGGAUGAUAUCGAUGAGGCGGAGGAUAGCAGGCUGAGGUGCGACGACCGCGUCGAGUUGCUGUCCGUCGACGGGGACGGACUGAGGUGCCCGCUCCAGCUGGCCAACAUGGUCGCGGAAGCGAGGAGGAGAUUGGAGAGUGGCGGGUGCGAGAGGGAGGUUUUACAGGGAGAAGCGAAGAAGGCAAGGGAGCGUAGGGUAUGUCAACCAACCGAAACCGUCCCGUCUAUCCCCACUCCGAGAGAGAAGUUUGCGAGGCAGCGGGGGUACACGGGCUCGCUGACCAAAGAAAUAUGCCCGAGAUGGUGUGGAUGUCCGGAGCUUGUAGGGUGUCCAGAACCGGGGCUGGGGAGGAGAAAGAGAUCCUGAAAGUGCGAGUCGGGUCAGAGAACCAUGGCAGAGAGAAGACAAGGGCAGCGUCGCCAGCGCAGGGCCGGGCAGGAGUCGUCGACGUGAGUCUCGCCAGUGGAGUCCACACAGGCCACCUCCGUCACCCUCCCCGUGACUCGGUCCGGUGCGACGUGACCGUCACGUCGCGCAGCGCCAAGCCUUCGAUGCUAUCAGCGCACGUUCCUCCCCAUCGUCCUCCGGGGCUCCCCGCCGCCUGCCCGAGCCUCCUCCGGCCUGCGCGGACAUCCCACCCUGCGACAGGCCACACUUCCACACCGCUCUCCGCGUCAACACAUCCUCGCCCCUACCGUGUCGUCGACGGCUGGGUCAGCCUCUGCCUGUCUCAGUGUGGUCCAGGACAAUCAGGACUCGGACUCGAGCCUCGAACGUCUUUCAUACGCUGUCAGACCGGAGAAUCGGGAUGAAGGAUAGCAGCAUUCAGCAAUCUGCUCUCACCCCUGAGCACAAUUCGCCUUGCAGCGAUAGGACGCACGGUACCAGCGGUGACACUGCGGUCGAUGUGCCGCAUCAAAUUGACCCGUCGUAUAGCCUGAGGAUGACAAGAAGAGGGUCGACUAAUGUACUCAUCAGAACUUCGCUUGACCCCCGCCCAGCACACGGCUCGUUGCACUCGACGGUCUG